GCGGGGGAGGGACAGAUCGGAGGCGCCCCGCCCAGUCAGCGAGGUUGCGCGUGCCCCGUGCGACCCGCCAAGAUGGUGGUAGGCGCGUUCCCUAUGGCGAAGCUGCUAUACCUGGGCAUCCGGCAGGUCAGCAAGCCGCUUGCCAACCGCAUUAAGGAGGCCGCCCGCCGAAGCGAGUUCUUCAAGACCUAUAUCUGCCUCCCGCCCGCUCAGCUGUACCACUGGGUGGAGAUGCGGACCAAGAUGCGCAUCAUGGGCUUCCGGGGCACGGUCAUCAAGCCGCUGAAUGAGGACGCCGCCGCAGAGCUGGGCGCCGAGCUGCUGGGCGAGGCCACCAUCUUCGUCGUGGGCGGCGGCUGCCUGGUGCUGGAGUACUGGCGCCACCAGGCGAACCAGCGUCACAAGGAGGAGGAGCAGCAGGCCGCCUGGGACGCGAUGCGGGACGAGGUGGGCCACCUGGCACUGGCGCUGGAGGCCCUGCAGGCGCAGGUGCAGGCGCAGAGCGCGCUGGAGGAGCUGCAGGCGCAGAUGCAAGAGGUGCGCGCCCAGCUCCGCAUCCAGGAUGCGCCCCCAGCGCCGUCUGCGUCGAAGAAGCCCGGGUCUGCGGGGGUCUGAGCUUGGACAUGGUUGUGUGUGCCCUGGUGUGGCCUCUCCCCACACUGUCCCUGCCUGUGCCGGCCCAGCGCAGACUGCCGGCAUCUUGAUGGAACUUGGAUUCGGUCACCCCCUGCUGACCAGUGGUACCUUCCCCUGGGACGGGCCCCUAGCAGGUGAAGCUCCCACAAAGUGUCUCGCUCGUUGGGACAGUCCACAGCGCUCAUCACUGCACCCCCACCCCAAACCACACAGACUUCGGGGGUCCGGGGUCCCGGCCUGGAUAGCAGGCUCAGUCUUCGGGCAAGAGAAAGAAUGGACCCCGUGCUUUGAGCCAAAUCAAGCUAUUUCCUCCCCAACCUCCCAACCCCCUCCCCCACGUCCCUGAUAACUGUCACCUUUCCCUGGGACUCUCAUCCCUGCCCGGGAGCACCCCCUUCCCCUUGUCAACAGGUACAGACCAUUACAAAGAAAUGCCGUGUCUUUCA